AAGCUUACAUGUAAAAGUAAUAGUUUUAAGGUCUCCAAUUUAAUUUUUUAAAAUCAACUUCUUAAAUCCAGAAUGAGGUAAACUUUAUCAGCUCACAUGGAAGAGACUGACAAGUUUUUGUAGCCACAGUAAAGGAGAGGAAGGUUUCAUACGUGUUUGAAGAAGCAAGAUUGGACCUUACUCAAAGAAGCUUGCAGACAAAAGGCAUCAGUCUCUUUCCUUAGUCGACCAGACCUUCCAAAACUGGCUUAUAAGAGACUAAAAGGCAAAAGUCCAGGAAUUAUCUUCCUCCCUGGCUAUAUUUCUAAUAUGACUGGUACAAAAGCAUUGGCGAUUGAGGAGUUUUGCAAAUCUCUAGGUCACGCCUAUAUAAGGUUUGAUUACUCAGGAGUUGGACAAUCAGAAGGUAACUUAGAAGAGUCUACAGUAGGAAAAUGGAGAAAAGAUGUUCUUUCUAUAAUUGAUGACUUAGCUGAAGGACCACAGAUACUAGUUGGAUCUAGCCUCGGCGGAUGGCUUAUGCUUCAUGCUGCAAUUGCACGGCCACAAAAGGUGGUGGCCCUUAUUGGUAUAGCUGCAGCUGUAGAUGGCCUAGUGACAGAGUUUAAUCAGCUUCCUGUUGAGGCACAAAAGGAAAUAGAGAUGAAAGGUGUGUGGAGCAUGCCAUCAAAAUACAAUGAAGAAGGAGUUUAUCACAUUCAGCAUAGUUUCAUUAAAGAAGCUGAACACCACUGCUUAUUACAUAGCCCUAUUCCUGUGAACUGCCCUAUAAGAUUGCUCCAUUGCAUGGAGGAUGAUGUUGUAUCUUGGCACACGUCCAUACAGAUUGCUGACCGAGUAGUCAGCACAGAUGUAGAUGUCAUCCUUCGGAAACAUGGAGAUCACCGAAUGAAAGAAAAAGCAGACAUUCAUCUUCUUGUUUGCACUAUUGAUGACUUAAUUGAUAGGCUUUCAACUGUAGUUACCUAGAAUCACUUUUGUAAUCGGUAUGUAAACUAGUGGAUCCAGAAGAUCCUGAUAUUAGGUUUUUUCCCUCUUACCAUUAUUUUGUAGAUAUCACAUGAGGUUUUAUUUAAUGAUGUCUUUGCACUUAAGUGAUAUAAAUUGUGAAGAAAGUACAGUUGUUCCUCUAUACCCUCUAGGGAUUGGUUCCAGGACACCCUCCACCUCUUGGAUACCAGAUUCUGAGGAUGCUCAAGUCCAUUAUAGAAAAACGGCGUAGUAUUUACGUCUAACCUGCACACAUCCUACUGUACACUUUAAAUCAGCUCUAGAUUGUACUACCUACUCCAAUGCAAAUGCUUUGUAAAUAGUUGUCAUACUGUAUUGUUUUAGGAAUCAACCUUCUGGAGUUUUUCUUUUUUUAAGUAUUUUUGACCCGUGGUUGGGUAAAUCCAGAGAUAUAGAACCUGCAGAAUCAGAGGGCGGAAUAUACCAGCUGCUAGAAAAUUGGAAAAUUUUCUUCUUCCUUCAGUCCCUGAUUUUUUUUUCAUUAUUAUAUUUCCUAUAUUUUUAUUCAAGAGAUGUUUAACUUCUAAUGCUUUUGUUAACUGUGUCAGCUUUUAAUUGUGUUCUGGUCUCCUUAGAAUUAUUAAUAAAGCUUAAAUUUUUCGUA